ACCGUUGACUUUAAUUAAGCUGCUCUGAUUUACAUUUACAGCUGAAAAUCUGGUCCUGAAUUUACUAGGUACUUUUUUUUUUUUAUUCUGGCCAGUGUUUUCAUUAUAAUCCCUCUGUAUAUUGUUUAUUCCAGAUUCUUUAAAUCCUAUUCAGUAUUGGUCUCCCAUAAUGUUUCCAUUUACUUCCCUUCCCAUCUUCAGGUUUUCUUAGCAGUCAAGAUCAUGCAAGAUAAGCACAGUGGGUCUCUUGAGAGAUUACAUGCCAGCAGAGUCAGCAGUACUGUACAUACCCAUGCCCUUGUUCUGCAGUGCUCCUUUUGUCUCAUCAUUAUUUAUUUAACCUGCGUGCCCCGUGCUCAUUCUGUGCCUCUCAGUUUACACGGCUGUGAUAACGUGGUGAUCGUGUGGAACGUGGGCACGGCCGAGGAGCUGUACCGCCUGGACAGCAUGCACCCCGACCUCAUCUACAACGUCAGCUGGAGCCACAACGGGAGCCUCUUCUGCUCCGCCUGCAAGGACAAGAGCGUGCGCAUCAUGGAUCCCCGCCAAGGGGUGGUCGUGGCGGAGAAGGAGCGUGCGCACGAGGGAGCGCGGCCCAUGCGUGCCAUCUUCCUGGCUGAUGGCAAGAUCUUCACCACAGGCUUCAGCCGCAUGAGCGAGCGGCAGCUGGCGCUCUGGGACCCGGAGAUGAUUAAGAAAGAACUCUGGGACUCUCUCUCCAGUACCAUACGGCUCCAGGCCAUGGCCAUCAUUAUCGAACUGAGAUGCUGA